UCAGCCACAGUGCCACGUUAGCCACAGUGCCAUGUCAGCAGUGCCAUGUCAGCAACAGUGUCACGUCAGCCACAAUGCCACGUCAGCAGUGCCACGACAACAGUGCCAUGUCACAACACCACGUCAGCAGUGCCCCGCCAUCAUGACGGGCGCAGCUGUGGGCAUGCCAGGCCAACUGGCCAAUGAGUCUAUUGCCGACUACAAACAGCGGUUCCAGACUCAGCUCACAUUGAUCGAGGCCGAGGAACAGCGCCAGCUGGCAGCCGAGCCUGCCCGCCUACAGGCUGAAGCAGCGGCAACAGCUGAGAAGCAGCAGCUACAGGCCGAAGCAGACGCAGAUACCCAGGCACGCCGCAAGGAAGCCCAGGAUCUGCUGCAGCGGCAUGAAGCCGCCAGCAUCGAAAGACUCAAGUUCUGGCACUUUCCACCGUCCAACGGCGACGACGCGACACCGAAGGAGCAGCACAAGGAGUUCCUCUCCAAACUCGUGACACGGUUGUUAUACGCUUGCAACUAUCAACAGUCCGAGUUAGAGAGACAGAACCAGGAACUGCAGCAACAGUACCAGGAUCCGCAGAAACAGCACCAGGAGUUGGCAAACCUCCACCGGACAGUGCAGAGCCACGAGGAUGCUACACGGGAACUCAAUUCCCGUGUACUGGACCUGGAGCAAGCUGUACCAGGACCAGAUGCUGGUGUGUCCAGCAGUGCACCCUCUAACCACCAAAUGGAGGAACGCGUCGACCACGUCGUCGCAAUGCUCGGCGACAUCAGCACCUUCGCUGAGCCGACCACCAUCAACAAUCAGCUGGAUACCUUGAAGACCGAGGUCCAGCAACUGCAGCUGCCUAACAAGAAUGGCAACAGCACACAGCAUUACAAGAUGCCAACUUUUCAAAUUGAGAAGUUCGAUGACUACACCCAUCAGGACCUGGUCCUCUGGUGGGAAGGUUUCACGACGCAACUUCAGAUUCUGCAAGUCGCCAAGCACUCGUACGUCGGCGCCCUGUUUCUUAACUCAAAGGGCGGAUGCCAGAUCUGGUUAAGCCACCUGGCAUCUACCCACGGUGUCAACGUCGCAGAUCUGAAAGACAAGAUCUCAUGGGAAGAGUUAACACGGCUAUGGAAGAAGCGGUUCAUCAUGGAUGACGCACCUGCACUCGCCAUCAACCGUCUCUUCGCCAUGACGCAAGGCAACACAGCAACACGUGACUGGCUUACGGAAUGGCAGAAGAUCGCGGCAACACCCGAUCUGGACUUACCAUUUCCGCAUCAGCGCCGCGAGUUCUAUAACAGGUCAUGUGCUGCAUUGAGCCUCGCACUGGGUGAUCGCGAGCAGUACGCAACCUUCGUUGAGAUCAUUGACAAGGCGAGGGAGAUCAUCAAGACCAACAGGGCGGCUGCACACGAGAGGUCAGCGUGGCAGCCAACCUAUGUGGAGAAGGUAAAGACUGGUCCGCGACAACAGCAGUUCUCUGCAGUCCAAUCGGACAACACUGUGGAAGACCCGACAACCACCCAAGCGUCACGUGAGGGAGAUCAGGUGGCUGCUGUCCAGCCGCGAAGCAACAACAAGCCCCGAGUGAACGGGAAGGUGAAAUCAGCAUCGCAGGCCGGAAACGGACAACCAACACCAUGGGUCAAGUUCAACUUGACCGAGGCCGAGUACAAGUAUCGUGGCCGUUACGGCUGCUGUUACUGGUGCAACAGCAUCAAGCACAAGACCUCCCUUUGCCAGGAUCAGGCCAAGGAGGAUGUGUGGCCUCCGGCUAUGACAACGGAGUUCCGACACAUGCUGGAUCGUUUCGUACUUAUCUACCUUGACGACAUCCUGGUGUACAACCGGAGUUUGGACGAGUAUGUGGAACACCUGCGCACCGUUUUGGAGCGGCUACGACAAGCCAAGUACAAAGCCAACCGCGACAAAUGGGAAUUCGCGCGGCAGGAGUUGGAGUACUUGGGACAUUAUGUGACGCCGCAAGGCAUCCGUCCGCUUGUGGACAAGAUCGAGGCCCUCCGCGUGCCAUUCGUAUUCGAUGACGACGCACGCCGGUCAUUCCAAGCACUCAAGACGGCCAUGCUCAUGACACCCGUCCUUAGCAUCUAUGACCCCACCCUGCCGACGAGAGUGACUACGGACGCUUCCGGCUAUGGCAUUGGGGCAGUCUUGGAACAGCACGACGACGACGACUGGCACCCUGUGGAGUAUUUCAGCCACAAAGUGCCUCCCAUCAACUCGCUUGAUGAUGCAAGGAAGAAGGAGCUGCUCGCGUUCGUGAUGGCUCUCAAGCGAUGGCGGCACUUCCUCCUUGGGCGUCGCAGGUUCACAUGGGUUACGGACAAGAACCCACUGACUUACUACAAGACGCAGGAUACGAUGAGCAGCACGAUCGGACGAUGGAUGUACUUCAUCGACCAAUUUGACUUCACACCGAAACAUCUUCCCGACCUCUCCAAUCGCGCAACAGAUGCACUCUCACGAAGACCUGAUCUUUGCGCUAUGACACAUCAUGCCUUCGCAUUCGACGAGGAGCUCCAGCGACACUUCAUCAGGGGCUAUGAGUCCGAUCCAGACUUCGCCACGCUAUAUGCACAGCUAUCUUCGGAUCACCCGUCGGCCAGCCACUAUCGCAUCGUCGAUGGGUACUUGCUCCUGCACUCGCGGGGCAAGGACUUACUAUGUGUCCCACGCGACCACUGUCUUCGGACUCGCCUCCUCGGCGAGUAUCAUAAUUCGCGACUCGCCGGCCAUUUCGGAGUCAACCGCACUAUUGCACGGCUUCGACAGCGAUUCCGAUGGCCCGACCUCAUCACCGACGUCACGAGGUAUUGCGACUCAUGCGAAGUUUGCCGACGAAGGAAACCCCGCAACCGCAACCCCUACGGCGAGCUGCGCCCGAUGCCGAUCCCGCAGGAACCCGGUCUCUCCAUUGUCAUGGAUGUCACCGAACCAUUCCCCCGCGACCGCCUCGGACACGACGGCAUCCUCACUGUCGUGGACCGAUUGAGUAAGUACGCGCGAUUUCUCCCUUGCAAGUACUACUCCAUGGCUCCUGAGCUGGCACGCCUCUUGCACACCGGUUGGAUUUGUGGCCACAGUGUACCAGAAGACAUAGUCAGCGACCGCGACACUCGCUUCAUGUCGGCAUUUUGGACUGCUCUCAUGCAGGAGUCCGGCACGAAGAUGAAACCAAGUUCGGCUCGGCAUCCACAGGCGGACGGGCAAACGGAGCGGGCACAUCAAACCGCUCAAAGGAUGCUUCAUACGCUCAUCUGUCCGGACCAGAAAGAUUGGGUUGACCGCCUCCCCGACAUUGAGUUCGCCUACAACACUUCGGUGCACCCGGCGAUCUGCGUGACUCCAUUCGAGUUGCACCACGGUGGACGGAAAGGCCGUAUCUUCGCCGACCUUCUCCUCCCACGACCAGCCGACAUCGAUGCCCCUUGCUCUCCCGCUUCCGUCCGGAAUUACAGGGAAUUGUUGGCUCAAGCCCGCGCGAAUAUGCAAAAGGCUCAAGUUCGCAUGCAGCAGCAAGCCAACAGGCAUCGUGUGCCAUGUCCCAUCCGCGUCGGCGACCUGGUUUGGGUUUCUGCGGAAGAGUUUGCACUGGAACAGGAUGUCUCCGCAAACUGUUUCCCAAGAGCAGAUUUGAAAGCAUUCGCACCGCUGAUCUACGCGCAUUAUGAGAAGCAAAGGUUAGCUCAGGAAGCUUCACGACCGGCCCCUCCCACCCUGACUGUGGUCCCUCCCUCAGACAGACAGCUUCGCCCUCGCAGCACAAGUACAGGGCUAGCAAUUCGCUCAGUUCUGGGACCGGAAGGUGAAGAGGCCAGUUAUUUCUGCUAUCAUGGUGCACGAAUGGGGGGGCCAGCAAGUGAGGAAAGAACCGUUGAUUAUGUUAGGGACGGUGGAGCGCUGCCAGUGAGCAUGGCUGCUCCUAAUCAGCUACUUGUCACCCACUCAGGAAAGGCAGCGCAGGGGCCAGUGCUGGUGGAGAGCUUGGGCAGAGAACUGUCAGUCAACUCAGCGGCAUAUGGACAGUCUCCUAUCACUCAACCUGUGAUGACAUCUACAACAGGAUCACAUAUUUUCACUGCUAUACCGACUACAACAUCUACAUCUGCGACGAUUGCUCCUGUGUGCAGUACGGAGGUAUCAAACGAACUGGGAGCUUUGUCUAUUCAAAUGAUUACUCCGGCGUGCACCACGAUGACAUCUGAUGGAACCUGGGUGCUUAACAAUCAAUCAUCGAGUUCAUUGACAUUAAAAAAGGUGAUGGACGCUCCUGUAGGCAUCAAGGAGAUAUCAAACAAGUCGGGAGCUGUCUCUAUUCAGACGAUUGCUCCGGCGUGCAUUGCAACGGGAUCUAACGAAACGGGGGGAUUUUGCAAUCAGGCAUCGAGCUCACCAUCAACAGUAUCGAUGAUACUUCCUGCUGCGGGUGAGCUGUCGACAGUUUUGCCGAAGCCAGCAGGGAGUGAGGCUCCUGUGCUUUUAGCGGGGAUAUUAAUUGGCAUCGCUUCACCACUGACGCUGCCUCCAUCACCUUCAUCAAUUGCGCCUGUUGUCCCGACACUUGCUAUGGAGGCUUUGCAUGAUUUGGGACACACCAAUGAUGAUGCUCAUGAUGAUGAUGAUGAUGAAGACACCAAUGAUGAUGCUCAUGAUGAUGAUGAUGAUGAUGAUGUCAGUAAUGCUGAUGAUGAUGAUAAAGAUGAUGAUGAUGAUCACGAUGAUGAUGAUCAUGAUGAUGAUGAUCAUGAUGAUCAUGAUGAUGAUGAUCAUGAUGAUCAUGAUGAUGAUGGUGAUGUCAGUAAUGCUGCUGCUGCUGCUGCUGCUGCUGAUGAUGAUGAUGAUGAUGAUGAUGACGCAUGAUAGCCAUACCCACUCCGCUGGGCCCAAAGGAAGCUCUGGUUGAAAAGCACG